AUGCUGAUUCACCUUGGCCCCUUGCCCACCCUGGUCGUCUCGUCCGUGAACAUGGCACGCGAGGUGUUGCAGCUGCAGGACCACGCCUUCGCCCGGCCCGCCCUCGCAAUCCCAAGGCGUCUCCUCUACGGCUGCACGGACAUCGCCUUCGCUCCCCACAGCGCCUACUGGCACGGUGUGUGCAAGAUCGUCGUGCCCCACUUGCUGAUCCCUGCCAGGGUGCGCACCUACCGUGGCGUACACGAGGAGGUGGCCGAGGACGGCGUCAUGGUGCGGUCGAGCGAGCUCCUGAGAGGCUUCGCCAAGGACGUGAACGGGCGAAUCGGGCUUGGGUGA